CAGCUAAGUUUGACAAUUCCAGACCAAAAUUCUUCACAAACAAAAUAUCUGAAAAAUCACACGAGAUAUUUCAGAUUCUACGGAAAUUUCAGAGCAAAGAGCUUUAAGAUUAAUCGGUAUGUACUAGCUUCAGUGAUCGGAAUUCGUGACGGCCAUGGAUUCAGAAACGGAGAUUCUCUCCCGUCUCGCGGCGAACCACCUCCAUUUGGCUCAAUUCGAGCCAUUGAAGGCUACGUUACUCGCUCUCAGGGUUCGUAACCCUGACCUCGCACUCACGAUUCUCCAAACCAUCGUCUCUAACGCUGGAAGAUUCGAUAAUGUCCUUUGGUCACGCUCUUGUCCUUCACCGUCUCUUCUCUCGUUCCUCUCCACGAUUGAACUUCUGAGAUUCGAAAAUCCUACUUCUCCUUGGGGAUUUGAUUCGGAGACUCUUAGUUUGCGAGCGGAUUUCUUGUUGAUGGUUCAGGUUUUGAUCGAUAGGGUUACAGAGAGGAUUAAGGAAGAUCAGGAGAGUGAGGAUGAAAAUGGUGGAUUAGGGAAUUGUUUAAGGGUUUUGCAAGGUGUUUUGGAGUUAGGUGUUGAGAGGUUGAAAUUUGAUGUUGAUACUAGUAGUAGUGAAGGAAGUAAUAAGAUUGAGGAAGAUGCUGUUGUUUCUUUGAGGAGUAUAGUAUUAGACUACUCCGAUGUUUUCGAUGCUUUAUGUUGUAAUAUACAGAGGCAACUUGCGCGUUGCGAGAGUUACGAUACAUGUUUGGUGGAGGAAGUUCAGGGAGAAGAACAGGGAAAGGGGAUAAAUGAGGCUACAUGCAUUGGUUCUCCGGAGUUGGAUAACAUCAACGUGUUUGCUUUGAUACAGAGAAAUGUUCAGUUAGCACAGUUGGAUGCUAUGAAGACAAAGUUGGAUGAAGGGGAUGUGCGUGGAGCAGCUGAUCGCAUACGUUAUCUCCACCUUGAUUAUGGAGUAGAGAAAGAGAAUUAUCAUGCUGUUCUAAAAGCUCUCCUUUCACGAGGUAUGGAGAAAAAGGAUGAAUAUGGUGACUCCUGGCACAUGGUGCGCCAGAACUUGCUGUUUAUUUAUAAAGAAGCUCUCUCAUCGAAUUGCGGAGAUCUUGUUCAGAUGAUCCAGGGUAUUCAAGAUGAUAUUCUCCUCCCAGAGAGCCAGCUACAUUUAUCUCUCGACAAUGAACAAAUUCCACUCCCUCUUGAGUAUUUCCAGCGAUAUCUUGUAGACUUGAAAACUGAGAGAAAUAUAGAGGACAAAAGUUCCCCUAUGAGGAGGGCGAUUAAUUCUUGUCUCAGAGAUAUGUAUCAUUAUGCUCGUAUUUCUGGAUCACAUGUCCUUGAGUGUGUGAUGUGUGCUGCUUUGUCGUCUGUAAAGAAAGAGAAGAUUCAGGAGGCUAAUGAUGUUCUUACAUUGUUUCCCCGACUUCGCCCAUUAGUAGCCUCCAUGGGUUGGGAUCUGUUGCCGGGCAAAACUGCAACACGUAGAAAAUUGAUGCGGCUACUUUCGACUAGUGACUCGCAAGCAAUUCGGUUAGAAGAAUCUUCUCUUUAUGGAAACCAGACAGAUGAAAAAUCUUGUGUCGAACACCUCUGCGAUACAUUAUGCUAUCAGCUGGAACUUGCAUCUUUCGCUGCUUGUGUCAAUUCUGGUAAAUCAUGGACUCCAAAGGCAUCUUUCUUGAUGUACGGUAAUGUGUCACCCGCGAAUGAUGAUGCGGAGGUGGAUCCUUUUGUUGAAAAUCUUGUAUUGGAAAGGCUUUCAGCGCAAAGUCCACUUCGGGUAUUGUUUGAUGUUGUUCCGGGCAUAAAAUUCCAAGAAGCUAUUUCACUGAUUAGUAUGCAACCUAUUGCUUCAACUGCAGAAGCUUGGAAGAGAAUAGAAGAUAUUGAACUGAUGCAUAUGCGUUAUGCUCUGGAGGCAAUCGUUUUAGCACUAGGUGCAUUGGAAGAGGCUAUGAAAGAUAAUACGGAUGCUAGUCAUCAAGUAGUUUUUUACCAUUUAAAAGACCUCACUAACCAUUUGGAGGCCAUCAAAAAUGUUCCACGCAAGAUAAUGAUGGUGAACAUAGUUAUUUCACUCUUACAUAUUGAUGAUAUCCAUCUCAGUUCAACGCAAAGUGCCUCCUCGGAGUGUUUUUCUGAAAAAAGUAACACACCUGGUUUGGAUCUUGGCGAUCUUGAUACAAAAGGGGAAAAGGAAAUUGUUAUUUCUUUCACAAAACAGCUACUCGAUGUUUUACGCCGCAAUCUUCCAUCACAUCUGAUUGAACAAGAGUGUCAGCUGGAUGGUAAUUACAGUACUGAUGGAAGACAGGCUUUAGAAUGGAGAGUAUCUCUGGCUAAGCGUUUCAUUGAUGAUUGUGAAUGGCGAUUAUCUGUUAUGCAGCAUCUUCUGCCACUUUCUGAACGCCAGUGGGGUUUAAAGGAUGUUUUGAGUGUUCUAAGGGCGGCCCCUGAAAAACUGCUUAAUCUCUGUAUGCAGAGAGCUAAGUAUGACAUUGGAGAACAGGCAGUUCAUCGGUUUGCAUUAUCAGCAGAGGAUAAAGCCACUCUUGAAUUAGCUGAAUGGGUUGAUAAUGCAUUCAAAGGAACACUGGUAGAAGAUGUGAUGUCUCGUACUGCUGAAGGAGCAUCUGCCGUGCAAGAUUUAGAUUUUCAUUCUUUAGGUUCCCAAUUGAGUCCAUUGGCUAUGAUUCUACUAUGCAUAGAUGCGGCUGCUUCUUCUGCCAAGUCUCCAACAAUUUCCAAACAACUGUUGGAUAAGUCUCAAGUUAUGUUAUCAGAAAUUUACCCUGGAGGAUCUCCAAAGGUGGGGUUUACUUACUGGGAUCAGGUCCACGAAGUUGCAAUAAUCUCUGUAUUGCGAAGGAUCCUAAAGCGCCUGCAGGAAUUCCUUGAACAGGAUAACCCUCAAAUUCUUCAAGCCAGUUUUAGUGGAGAUACCAUAAUUUCAUCUUGUAUGGAAUCUCAUAGACAGGGACAAAACGAUCGUGCUCUUGCGAUGCUACAUCAAAUGAUUGAGGAUGCUCAUAGGGGCAAGCGACAGUUCCUCAGUGGUAAGCUUCAUAACCUAGCGAGAGCACUCGCUGAUGAAAAACCAGAAGUUGACGUACUCAAAGGGGAUGGAUCAGACAUGGCCAUUGAGAAGGAUGGAGUUCUUGGUCUUGGGCUAAAAUAUACAAAGCAAAGUCCUGGUUCAGCAAAUAGAGACGUGGAUGGAAAUCCUGCUUCCCAUGAAACAGAAGACAAGGGAAAGAAGACAUUGGGCCCAUUAAGCAACAAAACCUCUACUUAUCUAUCUCAGUUUAUCCUCUACAUUGCUGCUAUUGGUGACAUAGUAGAUGGAACUGAUACAACCCAUGAUUUCAACUUUUUCUCUCUUGUUUAUGAAUGGCCUAAAGACCUAUUGACGCGUCUGGUUUUUGAUCGAAGUAGCACUGAUGCAGCUGCAAAAGUUGCUGAGGUCAUGUCUGCGGAUUUUGUUCAUGAAGUGAUAUCAGCAUGUGUUCCCCCAGUUUAUCCUCCACGUUCUGGUCAUGGGUGGGCUUGUAUUCCCGUCAUUCCAACCACUCCAUGUUCCCACUCAGAUGGUAAAGUGCUCUCUCCUUCAAAAGAGGCUAAACCUAACUGUUAUGUCCGUUCCUCAGCAACACCUGGUGUCCCUCUGUAUCCUCUUCAGUUGGAUGUUAUCAGGCAUUUGGUAAAAAUAUCCCCAGUACGAGCAGUUUUAGCUUGCGUCUUUGGUGGGAGCAUAUUGUACAAUGGCAGUGAUUCUAUCGUAUCUAGCUCCUUGAACGAUGAGUUUACAAGUUCUCCUGAUGCAGACAGAUUGUUUUAUGAAUUUUCUCUUGAUCAGUCUGAGAGGUAUCCCACUUUAAACCGAUGGAUACAGAUGCAAACUAAUCUUCAUCGAGUUUCGGAAUUUGUUGUGACCCCUAAGCAAAAACCUGAUGACACACGGAUUAAGCCUGAUGAAAGAACUGGGAUAAAGAGACUUCUUGAACAUGAUAGUGACUCAGAGUCGGAUACAGAAGAAAUUUUUUCUAAAAAUAACAUUCAACCAGCAUUGACAGACGGCAGUCGUGAUGGUGGAUCCUUUGAAACUGAAGUUUGUAAAACUGAUCCUACCGUUUUUCUUUCUUUUGAUUGGGAGAAUGAAGUACCGUAUGAGAAAGCUGUAAAUAGAUUAAUUGAUGAAGGAAAACUAAUGGAUGCUUUAGCACUUUCGGACCGCUUCUUGCGGAAUGGGGCAUCUGAUUGGUUACUUCAGCUCCUAAUCAAAAGUAGAGAAGAAAAUCCCUCAACAUCAGGACGAUCUCAGGGAUAUGGAGGCCAGAGCAACAGUUGGCAGUAUUGCCUGCGGCUAAAGGACAAACAGCUGGCAGCAACACUGGCUCUUAAGUAUAUGCAUACGUGGGAGCUUGAGGCAGCUUUAAAUGUUCUUACAAUGUGUAGUUGUCAUCUCUUAGAAAGCGAUCCAAUUAGUCUUGAGGUGUUGCAUAGGAGACAAGCUCUGCAGAAGUACAGCCACAUACUUUCUGCAGAUGAUCGCCAUAAUAGCUGGCAAGAGGUAGAAGCCGAAUGUAAAGAAGACCCUGAAGGCUUGGCUCUAAGAUUGGCUGGGAAAGGAGCUGUGUCCGCUGCGCUAGAAGUGGCUGAAAGUGCAGGAUUAUCAAUAGAUCUUAGAAGAGAAUUACAAGGACGGCAGCUUGUAAAGCUUCUAACCACUGAUCCACUCAAUGGUGGUGGUCCUGCCGAAGCAUCUCGAUUUUUAUCUUCACUUCAAGACUCGGCUGAUGCUCUACCAGUGGUUAUGGGUGCAAUGCAGUUAUUACCUGACCUUCGAUCAAAACAGCUUCUGGUCCAUUUCUUUCUCAAGCGAAGAGAUAGCAAUCUGUCGGAUUUGGAAGUCGCCCGGCUUAAUUCCUGGGCUUUAGGUCUGAAAGUGUUAGCUGCAUUACCACUUCCUUGGCAACAGAGAUGCUCUUCGCUUCAUGAGCAUCCCAAUUUAAUACUUGAAGCUCUGCUAAUGAGAAAACAAUUACAAUACGCCUCACUGAUACUCAAAGAGUUCCCAGCAUUAGGAGAUAACAAUGUUAUCAUGGCCUAUGCAGCAAAAGCUAUUUCUGUUACAAUUAGCCCACCACCAAGAGAACCUCGAAUAACUGUGUCUGCAUCAAGGUUAAGACAGAAGUCUAGAGCAGGGCCAGCAGUAAAAGCAUCCUUCACUAGUAGCUUAAGCAAUUUUCAGAGAGAGGCUCGAAGGGCAUUUUCAUGGACUCCACGUAAUGCUGAAAACCGGACAACGUCAAAGGAUGUUUAUCGUAAAAGAAAGAAUUCCGGACUGGGGGCUUCUGAGAGAGCUGCAUGGGAGGCGAUGACAGGUAUUCCAGAGGACCAGGGAUCAUCUUAUUCGGCAGAUGGACAAGAUAGGCUACCUUCUGUUUCUAUUGCUGAAGAAUGGAUGCUAACUGGCGACACAACCAAAGAUGAAGCUGUUCGUGCAUCUCACAAAUAUGAAAGCACCCCAGAUAUUAUUCUCUUCAAGGCUCUACUAUCACUUUGUUCAGAUGAGCUAGUAUCAGCAAGAAGUGCCAUGGACCUAUGCAUCAGUCAAAUGAAAAACGUAUUGAGCUCCAAACAGUUGUCAGUGGGUGCGUCUGUUGAAACAAUUGGCCGAGCAUAUCAUGCGACAGAGGCAUUUGUGCAGGGUUUGUCAUAUGCAAAAUCGUUGCUGAGAAAGCUUCUAGGUGCCACUGAAUCGACCAAUAACAAUGGUGAAAGAAGUAAAGAUGUUGAUGAUAUAUCUUCUGAUGCUGGCAGCUCCAGUGUUGGCAGUCAGUCAAUGGAUGAACCAUCCGAAGUUCUCUCACUUGCAGAAAUCUGGUUGGGGCGCGCAGAGUUGCUGCAGAGCCUCUUAGGGUCUGGAAUUUCUGCUUCUCUUGAUGACAUUGCUGAUCAAUUGUCAUCCGAAUGUCUACGAGACAGAUUAAUAUCUGAUGAACGAUAUAGUAUGGCGGUGUAUAUGUGCAAAAAAUGCAAGAUUGAUGUUUUCCCCGUAUGGAAAGCAUGGGGUCUUGCUUUGUUACGGAUGGAGCGCCAUGCUCAAGCUCGAGUCAAAUUCAAGCAAGCCUUUCAAUUAAAAGGGGAAGACAUUCCUGAUGUCAUUCAGGAGAUAAUCAAUACAAUAGAAGGAGGUCCGCCUGUGGAUGUGUCAAUUGUUCGUUCCAUGUAUGACCAUUUGGCGAAAAGCGCACCAACAAUUUUGGACGAUUCUUUAUCAGCAGACUCAUACCUGAAUGUUCUGCAUAUGCCAUCCACUUUCCCUCGUUCAGAGAGGUCGAGGAGAUCUCUGGAAUCAGAAAAGAAUAAUUCUGUACCUGGUUCAGACUUUGAAGAUGGCCCCCGAAGCAACUUGGAUACUACACGCUAUUCUGAGUGCACCAACUACUUGCAGGAACAUGCUCGCCAAAACCUGCUUGGGUUUAUGUUCCGCCAUGGUCACUAUAAAGAUGCAUGCAUGUUAUUCUUUCCGCAAAGUGCUCUUCCCCCUCCUUUGCAAACUUCGUCUGUGGGCGCAGUAAGCACAUCUUCAUCACCUCAACGAACUGAUCCCUUGGCAACUGAAUAUGGGACUAUUGAAAGUUUGUGCGAGUUUUGUGUCGGUUAUGGAGCUAUCUCAUCCCUUGAGGAAGUAAUUACAGAAAGACUUGAAUCCGCAAAGCAUCAAGAUCAAGCCAUAAAUCAGUACAUAGCUGGAGCUCUUACUCGUAUCUGUUCAUACUUUGAGAUCAACCGGCAUUUCAAUUAUCUAUACAAUUUUCUGGUACUCAAGAAGGAUUAUGUCACCUCUGGGUAUUGCUGUAUUCAGCUUUUUAUGAAUUCUACAACUCAGGAGGAUGCUGUAAAGCAUCUUGAGCAUGCAAAGGCGCACUUUGAAGAAGCAUUGACGGCGCGUCAUAGAGGUUCAGACUCGAAAAAAAUUGUUACAAAGGGUGUUAGAGGAAAAAGUGCCGCGGAGAAGCUGAGUGAAGAAACUCUUGUUACGUUGUCCUCACGGGUGAAAAUGCAGAUUGAUGUGGUGAAGUCCUUCAGUGACUCUGAAGGACCACCAUGGAAGCAUUCCUUGUUUGGAAAUCCAAAUGAUAUAGAGACAUCCAGGAGAAGAUGUGAAAUAGUGGAGACUCUUGUUGAGAAAAAUUUCGACUUAGCUUAUUCAGUUAUAUAUGAAUUCAAGCUCUCAGCUGUUGAUAUAUAUGCUGGUGUUGCUACGUCACUAGCCAAUAGGAAGAAGGGCAGUCAGUUGACAGAACUUUUCAAAAACAUUAAAGGAACAAUCCAGGAUGAUGACUGGGAUCAGGUCCUGGGUGCUGCCAUCAGUGUAUAUGCCAACAAGCACAAAGAGCGCCCUGACCGUCUCAUUGACAUGUUAACAAGCAGCCAUCGAAAGGUGCUGGCUUGUGUGGUAUGUGGCCGCCUGAAAAGUGCAUUCCAGAUUGCAUCUAAAAGCGGAAGCGUGGCUGAUGUUCAAUAUGUAGCUCAUCAAGCCUUACAUGCCAAUUCGCACACAGUACUCGAUAUGUGCAAGCAAUGGCUAGCUCAAUACAUGUAAAGCCCUCUAAUCUCCAUGACAAUAGAAGCCAACAUAAAAACUUGAGGUAAACAUCUUAUUUUUGGCAGCUUAGCGAUUAGUCUUGCCUCGUAUUUGUUCUCCGCUGCCUUAUGAGGUUUUUGCUUGAAACUUUGGGAGCAGAUUGUUUAAAAGAACCUGGUGUAAAAUUUGUCCAGUCUCUCACAUGAAGAUCAUUAACUGAUGAUUCUCACUUAUGAGAUUAUGGGUUUUGUGUUGUCGCAAAAUGGAGAAAAUGCAGAUUUACACUUGCAAAAAAUUAUAUGGUCGGCAUAUUUACUAUUGAAAGAAUGAGGUUGAUUUCUUGCGGCUUUUUUGCGGUUGGGUUUUCAUAGUUAAAAUCAUAUAUUGUUAUAAAUUUUUGGGAAGAUUAUAUAGAACAACUCAAAACAAAGAUUAAUCAAAGAAAGACUGUAAUUGUUGAUCUAUUUUUUCUUUGGCAUAUCAUAAAAAUAGAAUAUGCAUUGUCACUG